AUGAAGAGAGCAGAGAGAAUUGUGAGCAGGAGAGAGCGGAGAGGAAAGAGAACUCCAAGAGACCUGCUGGAAAUGAGGAAGGGUGCUUCCUUAUAUAAGAGAAGGGCGAGAAAUCAGUUCCUGAUUGGAAUCUGGUUCCAUAAAAUCCCUGAAAAGACCCUUGUUUGGGCUGCAAAUAGAGACAAACCAGUGGAAAUUGGCUCAAAAAUUCGGUUCACAAAUGAUGGUGAGCUCCUCUUCAUUGACUCACAUGGCCACCUAUACUGGAUCUACAAUGGAACCACUGGUGCAACUUCGGCCUCCAUGCUUGAUACUGGUAAUUUUGUUUUAGUAGACCCUCUCUCUAGAAUUCUAUGGCAAAGUUUCGAUUACCCAACAGAUACAUUGCUACCGGGCCAAACCUUAGGCCAAGAAAAACCUCUGUAUUCGAAUCGUUUAGAGAGAGACUAUUCGACCGGCCGAUUCAUGUUGGUCUUGCAAUAUGAUGGAAACCUUGUUCUAUACCCAAGGAUUCGUCGUGGCAUAUUCCCAAACCCUGCUUACUUUGCGAGCCAAACUAAUGGAGAAAUGCCACCAGUAAAUUUAGUUUUCGAUCGAACCAGGUUUCUCUAUCUGCAAAAUUUUAGCAAUAAGAUAGUUUACAGUGUUUCAUCAAAUGUCAUAAACCCAAUUCAAGAAUAUUAUCAAAGGGCCAUGAUUGAUAGUGAUGGGUUUUUCCGGCGAUAUUCUCUUUGGAAAAAUGCCAAGAAUGGAGAAGCAUGGAGCAUUGUUUCACACACCCCAAGCAACAGAAACUCUUGUGGGGUUCCAGGCAUUUGUGGCCUCAAUGGCUAUUGUAUCCUUGACCAAGGUGGAAGGGCUCAGUGCCUUUGUCCGGAUAAAUUUUCUUUUGUGGACACCAACUAUACAUUUGGUGGGUGCAAAAGAGAUUUUGUCAUAAGUUGUGAGAAUUACAAAGCUUCAAAUUAUUUAUUAAUUGAGUUGGAAAAUGUCAAUUGGCCUUAUGGGAAUUAUGAGUUGCUGCAUUUGGAUGAAGAUGAAUGCAAGGAGGCUUGCUUGAGUGAUUGCUUUUGUGAUGCUGCAAUUUAUACAAAUAAUCAGUGUUGGAAGAAGAGGAUGCCAUUGAUGGAUGGGGUGAAAGAUGUGACAAUGGGUGGAAAAGCCCUCAUCAAAGUUUCUAGGAGUGGUUGA